CAUUCGCAAGAGAGAGGAGAGAGAAGGAGCAUUGUAGCAGCGAUCAGCAGCAGGUAUGGGAUUCUGGAGGAAGUUGGGAUUCGAUUUCUUCAAGAUCUUCGCCAUCGCCGGCGUGUACUACUUAGCUCGCGAGAGCUGUUCGGAGCUCUCUUUGACAUUGCGCGUUAUAGUCAUCGCUCUCUGUCUCACAAUCACUUUCAUAUUCUUGGGCCAGUUGGAGAAGGCGGUGCUGCCUAAGCCCAGUGAAUGCACUUGCUCCGAACCAGCUGCUGCUGCUGCUACUACGAAGAACUAAUUACGAGUCGUCCCGAUCAGUAACUUUGUGUCCCGUCUCUUUUAUCGUACGUAGUAUCCAGAAGCUAGCUAGUGAUUAGUAUGUAACAGGUAGUCUUCUUUAGUAAGAAGGUCUCUGUUCCCCGUUUUAGAUUUGCUUUCCUUCAAUUUCUAGGGUUCUUGUAGAUGUGCUCUAGAUUAAUUAGUUUAUGCAUUUAUGGACCCGGUCGGGCAGUGUGUAAUGUCGAUGUCAUGGAGAAUAUGAUUACUGUGAGUUGAACAUGUUAGUCUCAAAGAAGCGGGAUGAUCCUUUGAUUUCGUGGGAAGGGGGCGUAAUGCCUAUUAGAUGUUUGAUGAAAUGUGCAUGAG